GAUCUCAAAGCUGCAGGCUGGUCUGAGCUAGGCGAAAGAGAUGCCAUCUACAAGGAGUUCAAUUUCAAAAAUUUUAAUCAGAGCAGUCCAGUCUCAGGUGGGGCAAAUUACACUUGCACCUGCUUUGUGGCAACGUGAUGUCAUAGCUUAGGUCACUGCCGCGCUGGGGAGACGAAGCCUUUGACUCAAACCUCCUCUUGGAGAGCUUCAUCUCGAGCAUCAUCGGGAUGGUGCCGCACCUGGUCUAGAUUGUGCUGAGCGAGUGUAAACUUCCGAGCGGCUUGGGCUUUUCCUGGGACAGCAUUCCUGAAAUUGCCUUCUGUCAUCUCCUGCGGCUCUUGACAUUGUACCGGUACCUGUGUGAGAAACGUCCCCACUGAGGAAAGGCCAUGCCUCCGAGCUCCGCUUCUCUUUGCCUCCAUUUAUUCUUCAUGUUCUUCAAAUUGGCUUUCGGAUUUAUGACGCGUGUUGCUCUACAAGCAGAGAAGAUGAAUCACCACCCGGAAUGGUUUAAUGUCUACAGCAAGGUUCAGAUAACUCUGAUUUCCCACGACUGCGGGGGACUGACCAAGAGAGAUGUGAAGCUGGCUCAGUUUAUUGACAAAGCUGCUGCCUCGGUGUAACAAAGAUGUAAAACUUUUUAAUACCGUGUCCACCAACAUUUUGUAUUUGAGCGCUGUCCCUCACUCCUCGUAACCCUGAUUUCACAAAGCCCCUGAGACGAGGUAUUUUGUAGAAAGAGUGGCUUAGCUCGCUUUGCCUUUUAGUCUGAGACCCCCUCUGGAUGCCCGUGCUUGUCCUUUGCUGGCUCUGCCUGAGGAUGCGGCAGAUAAACCAGCGACAAGUACAUUUUGAACAGUCCUUUUCUAGAACCUAAAGCAAGCUGGCAUGAAAGCAGGAGCCCACCCGCACGUGUCGGUGUUCCCCAAAGCCCACGGGAGCCAAGGCCGGUGGCAGCCACCACGCGAGCCUGCCCUGAGCCCGGCCGCUUCCCUCCUAUUCCCUGCAAACCCUGCAGAGAUUUGUACCUCCCUGCACUUCAGGCAGGGUGAGGGCAGCCAGGCCGGGUCGGUCCCCUCUGGUUUGGUUCCUCCACCUGCACCAGUGACCAGUGGCAGGUCUGGGGUGUGCUGGUGAGCGCAGCCCAAGCAGCUGAUGAUCUUUCCUAGAAGUUGCAGCUCACCCAGCAGUUACAGCUUUGCAUUUUGGUGUUUAUUCUGUGCUUGUCCAAUGGCUCUUCAAACCCGUCUGGCCUUCCGGCACCCACCGCCGAGCAGCCGUACCCAGCAAAAGCCUUGCUGCGUGCUUGAGAACCGUUCCCGACCUGAGAUGCAGGGCUGGAUCCUGCGGUUGCUGAAAACUUUAGCUCUGCUCCAGCAAAUACAAAAGAAAUCCCAGUGAGCUCCUGGCACUCGCAUCAUUAAACGAAGCAUGUGCUUAAGUGCUUGGCUGGGCCGGGUCAGUGCUCAGCACCUUGCAGGAUCGAGCCAUUAUUUGUGUGGUAACGCUCCCGUACCUGCCGGAUCGGGGGGUGGCUUGGCCGGGUGCCCGGAGCACCGGCCAGAGCUGCCGGCGGUGAAGGAAGCAGCAUUAGCAGGAUUCUUGCUAAGCUGGGCUCGGCUGAAGCUAUGCUCACCUUUUUUUUUUUUUUUUGGUAUCUACAAUUACUCAUUGCGAACGCUGUUCCAAGAGCUGCAGAUCCCGCUGACGAGCUUUCAAAUCAUUUCUUCCGUGGUUUCAAAGUCUUUGUUUUUAUCCUCACCGAGACAGCUUUCCCCUGCCAGCAGGGAGAUUUCAACCUGCUUAAGGCUUGCAGAAGGGCCUCUGGCUCUGCAAUCCUGCCGCCGAGUGUCCCCAACAAGCACCGGCAUGCCCUGCAAGCAGCUCUGGGCGCGGAGCUCCCGGGAGAUUGACGCCUCCGAAAUGCCUGAGUGCAUUGCUAGAAUGACACCGGCGGCACCGCUACCAGCUACCGCGAAGUGAGAUACACACUGAGCGCCCAAAUCUGUAUCGGGUGUCUACGCGAGGUGGGUGGUCUCUCAGACAUUUGGGAUGCAAAGCGCCACAAGCUGCCGUGCAAGUAUUCACGUCGAUAAAAUAAGAAAGGUAUUUUUUGUUAAUCCUUAGCAAGCGCGCUGUCAUGUGCUAAUGGGUCGCAGGAAGCGAGAUGUAAGACGUUGGGGUUUGCUGUCAGUAACCCUGCCGGGGGUAUCAAGUUAAUACCCAAAAGGACCCAAACUCAGACUACGUGCUCAAGUGUUCCUUGCUCACAAGUGCCUUUCCCCAGCGAAGCGGCGGAUUUCCCCGAUAUGGUCUGAAAAUGGGCACUGUUGCGAGGAAUGAAUAAAACUCAAGCGGCCCAAGCGGGCCCUGAUGUCUCCUGUUACUGGUGGGGAAGGCGAAGGGGCUUCGCCCAAAGUUUUGACAACGCCUCUAACAAACUGUGAAAACUCUCUUGUUCGAAAUUGAUAUAUGAUG